AUGAGUGUAACUUUUGACCUAUUUUCACUUGCAAUAUGCAUAAGUGGUUUACGUGACACCACAAGACUCAAGCUUCCGCCAUACCUCCAACGUGGUGGUCAUUUGCAAUUCCUCACCAAUAUUCUGCUUGUAUUGACAAUAGCAUAUCUUGUCACCAGUGUCACGCAUCCCUCUUCCAUUUUUUACACUAUGGCGGUCAAUUUGGAGUUUGCAGUGACUGCAAGUUAUUGGACAUUGCAUUUGGUGCUUCCUCACUUGUUAAACACCGAUACCAUUGAGCGCAACUUUGCAUUAGAUUUCAAAAUCCAUUUGUGGCCAUAUGUUUCAUUAAUAAUUAAGGAUGAAAAGAGAAACGUGGGAGGUAUAAUUGGAAGUGGUGUAGUGCUCAUAUUGUAUUGGAUGUAUAUUGAGUUCAUUGCAAGAGACCCAUCACAGAAAUUUGCAUAUCCAUUUUUGAAUAGAGGUGGUGUGGGAAGGAGGGCAGCGUGGAUGCUUGGAAUAUGGUUACUAAGCUCGUUCAACUAUAUAAUUUUAAAGUAUGUGAAAAAGUUGUAA